CCUCACUACCCAAGAAGAUAGCAACCGUUCAACCUACCACCUACUCGUUCUCUCCGUUCGUCAACAACGAAAUCGUGAUCGCACAAUUUGCUCCAGAGCCCAGCUCAUUUGACUAAGACAUCUCCAGUAAUGGACACAGCCGAAGCCCAGAAAAAAGCCGUCCUGGCAUACCGCAAGGGAUGGAAAACGGCUCCCUGGAUGCCCAUCUCCAAAAUGCAGGCUUAUUCCGCUCGGCCAAAAGCAGUCAAGGGCCCACUCUUGGUCAGUAACGUAACGAUCCCACGCCCAAGCCCCGAGGAAGGAGAGAAUUUACGCUCGAAGCUCUGGGAUCUCUAUCAGUCUAAGAGUGAGGGUGUCGAGAAGCUUGACCCCCCGGCAGCCUGCGCCGACUACCGGGCUGAAUGGAUAGGGUUUCGAAACGAUGUGAAGGACCCUAAAGCCCCUCAGCCAGACGGUACAGAACAAGAAAGAUUCCUUGACAUUCAGCAGCAUAUAACAAAUGACGUGACGCUUUUCUACAUCUCUGGUGGAGCUUGGUUCCGUGCGGGUUCUCCGGGUUCCCGACCCUUGAUCCAGCAACUCUGCCAGCACAGUGGCUCACGUGCCUUUACAUUCCAAUAUCGCCUCGUGCCACAGUAUACCGUCCCCACACUUGUACUCGACACUUUGGUGGCCUACCUUUACCUGGUAGCACCUCCACCUGGGUCGUUUCACAAGCCAAUCGACCCCAAGAAGCUCGUGCUAGUUGGAGAGUCAGGUGGUGGAAUUCUUCACUUGCACUUGCUACAAUUCCUCCAGUCUCUUCUACGUGAGAAAGAAAGAGCCACCAUCACUUUCAAUGGUCGUGAGGUCCCGAUUGAAAUGCCUCGAGGGUGUGCGUUUGUCUGCCCAGGCGCAGACUUUGCAUUGGCUCUCCCCUCUGUGGAAAGAUUCAAGCUUGUGGACUGGCUAUCAGAGGGCGCACCAUGGGUGCAGCCGGGGUUUCCAUCCGACGAGGUGUGGCCGGCCAAGCCACCCCGAGGUGACCUUCAUUGCGAUAAUUCGGCAAUCUGCCAUCCCCUUAUUGACGCCUCUACAUGGACUGAUUGGGAAGGUAUGCCGCCGAUGUGGAUUGCCUGCGGCGAGGAAACUUAUAGUGAUGGAGUAAAGUUCCUCGUGAGGAACCUGACGGCCUCGGGGGUACCUGUUACAUUUGUACAGUACGAGUUCAUGCCGCACGUUUGGAAUGUUAUCAUCCCGGCGCUCCCCCAAAGUAGGCACUGUAUGAAACUGUGGGGCGAGGCUUGUCGGACAAUUGGGACUCAAGCCCACAGACAAACGUCCACUGCUCACUUUGUCAGGCUGGGCAGGUUGGAAAUGGUCCCAAGAGACAUUGAUUCGUUGCUCGAUAUCCCGAGGGACGAAGUCUUGAAACGGAUGCGAGCGGCAAGAGAUGAACUGGCCAAGUUCAUUUGGAAAGUUCCGGAGGGUGUGGACUCCAAGCUGUGAUUCAGUUUAAGUUGCCAUCCUAUAGGCAUCGAAAUACUUACCACCAGGGUAGAAGAAGCGUGCACGCCUAGAUUGGGCUCUACAUAGUAUAUUUGGGUACUUCUG